AUGUCUCAACAAGCAGAUCACCCAAAGUUUAUAGCCAACAUGCAAAUUGUGAAUAUACUCCUUACAUUUACAACCUUGUUGGUGGUUACAUUCAGCACUGAAGUUUACACAGUUUCCAAUACCAGUGAUGUAACUAAUCUUUUUUACCCCAUGGAAGAAGAAUAUUUGGUUCAUCAAUUUGAACAACUGGAUGAAAUACAUUCAUGGAAAUUUUAUAAUUAUCAGCAUUUUCAAUCAUCGCAAUUGUGGCAACAGUUGGAUGCAUCAUCACUGGAGACCAAAUUUAAUCAAACUGUGGUUCAUUUGAUUGAGACUAAUGAGACAUUGAUUCUUUCUUCGUUGAAUCCUGUUACAUUUUUUGAAUUUGAAAUUGAUUCAUUUUGGUCGGGGAAACAGAAUUUGACUUCACAAAUGGAUUGGAUUAAUAGAGACGAUGAUGAAGUUGAUCUUGAACAAGAAGCGGCUGUUAUUUCAGGUAAUAGCGGAGAUGCUUAUGAUGAUGCUGAUGAUGAUCGUGAUGGGAAAGCCACCAUGGUUAUUCAAUUUGAUCCUGAGAGUGAAAUUCUCAAGAAUGCUUCACCAAACAUGGCAAUCAAUUUGUUUUUAGUUAGUCUUUUUGUUGAAUCAGGAGCUGAAGGAGUUAAGAGUAUGGUUGAGAAUGAUGAUACAAUAUUUGUUGUUCCCAGUGAAGAUGGAAAUGUCCAGUUUGAAGCACAAGGAAUAUUGAAGUUGAUUAUCCUUCCUAUACUUAAAUUGAAGAAGUUAAUCUGGAUUGUUGAAAAAAAGACAAUUGCAUUGUUGAUUAAGCUCAAGGAAUUGACAGUGGCUAUAUUGCAAAAGACCAAGAAGAUUAUCAUUUUGAUUACAAUUAAAACUAAAUUGAUUAUCUUGAAAACGGCAUAUGUAAUAAAACAAAAGAUUAAAAAGGCAAAGUUGUUGGUUGGGAUUGUGGCGAUUGUGACUAAGGAGAAAACAAAACUAAAGAUUAAAAAGACAUUGAUGAUUAUAUCAAUGUUAAAGGAGAAGGCUAAAGAUAAAGUUCGUCAUACAAAGGAGGCUUUGGAAGCUUCUAAAGAUAAGUUGGAAAAAGGUGGAGGAGAUUGGGGUGAUAGUGAUUGA